GAAGCCAACCCCAAGCCCAAAUGCCCUAAUUCUGCAGUGCAGUGAUCACCCACGACCAAGCCUCAACGUCUCUCUUCUCUAGGGUCUCUUUCGCGCCACUCUCUCCCUCAAGCUUUCUCACCUCUCUCACGCCACUCUUGUCUCCGGUGUCUCACUUCUCUGGCAGUCAUCGUUUCAGACUCAAGCUCGUCACGCUGUGUCCUCACCGUCUCAAGCUCAGUCGCCGCCGUUCUGCGCUCGCUUCGACGGCGGCAGAAUCAGACGGAACUAGCAUCUGGUCCCUCGGGUGGUGGUCAUUGUCGUCUUCUUGCUUCCGCCGUCAGUUCAGUUGGUCAGCUUCCUUCCUUCGCCGUCAGUUGGUCCGUGGCAGGUGCUGAGCUUCCCCAACUACAAAUUGUUGAUCAUGUCGGAAAAAUUCUCGGCGGCGCUUCGGAUUGGGGACCUCAACGAUUUCAUAGCGCCGUCUCAGGCAUGCAUAGUAUCGCUCAAGGGCUUGAAAGCGAACGCCAACAAGCCCGAUUCCGAGGUUUCAGUUGGCAGAAGCAAGCAAGUUCAGUCAGAGCCUGUUAAGAUUUCUCUAAAGGAUUGUUUGGCAUGCAGUGGCUGUGUGACAUCUGCGGAGACAGUUAUGCUGGAGAAACAAAGUUUGGAUGAGUUCUUAUCUAAUAUUAACAAAGGGAAAGCAGUGAUUAUGUCUGUUUCUCCCCAGUCAAGGGCCUCCCUUGCAGCUCAUUUUGGCAUUUCUCCCCUUCAGGUUUUCAAGAAGCUGACAAGAUUUUUCAAAUCAUUGGGAGUGAAGGCAAUUUUCGAUACAAGUUGCAGUAGAGAUUUAACCCUUAUUGAAUCUUGUAUGGAGUUCAUGUCAAGGUACAAACAGAGUCAACUGUCUGAUGAUGAGAAGAAUAAGUCGAGCCUACCUAUGAUUGCUUCUGCAUGCCCAGGUUGGAUAUGCUAUGCAGAGAAGCAACUUGGGUCGUUUGUUUUACCAAAUAUUUCAAAAGUAAAGAGUCCACAACAAACAAUUGGAGCCAUCAUAAAACACUAUUUAUGCCAAGAUAUGGGGCUUAGGCCUGAAGAAAUUUACCACGUCACUGUUAUGCCUUGUUAUGAUAAAAAGCUUGAGGCUGCUAGGGAUGACUUCGUUUUCCAACCGGAGUCCCAUGAUGAAGGGAGUGGGAAUGAAGAUAACAUGAUGACAGAGGUCGAUUCGGUACUCACAACAGGAGAAGUUUUGGAAUUGAUUCAGUUAAAAGAAGUUGAUUUUCAAAGCUUAGAAGAAUCUCCUUUGGAUAGACCGUUGACAAAUAUUAAUGAAGAAGGUUACCUUUAUGGGGUCCGUGGAAGCUCUGGAGGUUAUGCAGAAACAAUUUUCCGAUAUGCCGCUAGAACUUUUUUUGGAAGACAGAUUGAUGGCCCUCUGAACUUUAGAAAUAUACGGAAUUCAGAUUUUCAGGAAGUUACACUUGAGGUGGAGGGGAAAACAGUGUUGAGAUUUGCUCUCUGUUAUGGUUUCCGAAACCUGCAAAAUGUUGUCAGAAAAGUUAAAACUGGUAAAUGUGACUAUCAUUUCCUGGAGAUCAUGGCAUGCCCGUCAGGUUGCUUGAAUGGCGGAGGUCAAAUUAAACCAAAGAAAGGGCAAUCUCCCAAAGAAUUGAGCCAGUUGUUGGAAACUAUUUACAUGGAAAAUAUUCGUGUAGCAGAACCAUUCGAUAACCCCAUCGUAAGAGGCUUAUAUGACAAGUGGCUCGAGCAGCCUGGCUCCGAUAAAGCCAAGAGACACCUUUACACGCAGUACCAUCCCGUCGAGAAAAGCAUUACCUCUCAAUUGCAUAAUUGGUGAGAAAAUUUCAGAAGUGAAGUUUGAACAGAAAUGGGGUUGAAAGGAACAGGACCUUUUUCCCAGUAAUUUUCUUCAAUUAAUCUUGUGGUAUCAGAAGGGUCAAUGGGUCAUCAUCAUCCAAUUUUGGUAGUGGGCAGUUUCUUUUUUUUCUUAUGUAUAUAUAGUUUACACCCUCCAUAUUUAUACCAACCCCAGUCACCACCAUUGAGUUUUGUAUUGUAUACCCUUCAUCUCAAGUCAACCCAAUUAGAUUGCAAAUGGAAAAAUCACUUAGAUAUUUGUUUAGUUUUUUUCCCUUGGAGCCACUAUUAUUUGUGGGAUCCAGGUUUGUCAAUAAUUUCAAUGUGUAGAUAACUAAACAUACUGUUUUGUGUGUUGUUCCAACACAUCUGCCAGUUCAUUCCAUGUAUUAACUUCUAAUGACAGUUGAGUUUAGUAAGGAAGCAAGUAAAUCUUGACUAUAGAGUCGAAUAAGAGGCUAUGGGUUAUGUG